GCGACCUUAUUUCUGCCAAUCGCGGCGCUUACAGCGUUUCAGCUGCCAAUGAAAUUACUUCUCCAAGCGUCAGUUUGACUUUCACAUCGCUGUAGAACGCAUCAACAUUUAUCACUGUUGAAAAUUUGAAUUGAAUCGAUAGAAAAACAAGAUGGCUCGUACCAAGCAGACAGCACGUAAAUCUACGGGAGGAAAAGCUCCUCGUAAACAGUUGGCUACAAAAGCCGCCAGAAAAUCGGCCCCGUCCACCGGUGGAGUUAAGAAACCCCAUCGUUACCGUCCCGGUACAGUCGCUCUCAGAGAAAUCAGAAGAUACCAAAAGUCUACUGAAUUGUUGAUCAGAAAACUGCCCUUCCAGCGUUUGGUAAGAGAAAUCGCACAGGAUUUCAAAACUGAUCUUCGUUUCCAGUCUGCAGCAAUUGGAGCUUUACAAUUUUAUGACAUUACAAGUUAUCCUCGAGAUAUAGAACUUCCUUCAAACUUUGAUAUUGAAUCAUUUUCAACUGAAAACAACAAAGAUUUACAUUAUUUAACAUAUAAUGCAAAUAAAGUUAAUCCUAUCGAAAAAGAUGGAUCUUCCGAAAUUAUUGAAGAUUAUAAUGAAGAAACACCUAUACAAAGUGAGGGCGAUUCUACAGCUACAAAAAAUCUUGAUAUCGAAGGGUCUAUUAAAGUUAAAGACCAACAAGAUGAUGAUAAAUUCAUAGAUGAACUUUUAGAACAACUAAAUAAAGUGGAAAAAAUAGACAUUAAAGAAAACCCUAAAUACCAACAAUUAUUGCACAAAUUAAGAGAAAUGAAGUGGGUUGAAAAAUUUGAAAACCUAAUGCCAAUUAUUAUAUCAAUAAAACCAAAACCUUAAAAAAAAACAACGUAACUUGUAAAAUAAUAAUUUAAUAAACUAAUCACACAAAAACUAUAUGCUCUCCCUUUCUUUCUGGAUUUCUUCCAACCUCUUUUUAAUAGCUGAUGUAUCCAUUCCUCUCCCUUGAUUAUAUUCCAAUGAUGCUCUUAGUUGACCUUCCUCCAAACCCGCUAUUCGGCUGUAUAAUGUGCGCGUUAAGUCUUGAUCUACAUCAUUUUCUUCUCGUAUCAUUGUAAAAUAUAUUAAAAAAACUGCUAUACUGCCAGUCAAAACGUAGGGUUCAUACCAUAAUCUGGGCGGCUUUCCUCCUGUUCUACUGUCUUCUGCGCGCCAUCUAAUCGCGGGACUUUUUGUGUACUUAAUGGGGCCUUCCUCUAUGUCGUACUCCUUUUUAGCUUUUGUGGAGUAAUUUAGAUACUUUGUGAUUAGUCU